CGCCCACCACGCCAGGCCGCACCACUCAGCGGACCGCCUCCUAGGCCGCGCCGCCGCCUUCACGGAGUCCCUCCGCACAAGCACGAGCACGCCGCGGUCCUCGCACGGCCACGUCGUCGCGCAGCCGCUCAGGCAGGGCCGGGGGGGCGGGGCUGUACGGGAACGUACCCAAAACGUAGAGCUGACUCCGGUUCAAUCUCUGGCAUCCCAUGUUGUCCCCAAGCCCUGCCAGAAGUGAUCCAUGAGUGCAGAGCCAGGAGGAAGCCUGAGUACCACCGGUGAAGGGAGUCUGUGGGGGAAGACAUGGCCGCGUCUUCCUCGUCCUCAUCAGCGGGAGGCGUGAGUGGAAGCUCUGUCACUGCAUCGGGCUUCAGCGUCUCUGACCUUGCGCCACCCCGGAAGGCACUUUUCACCUACCCCAAAGGAGCAGGAGAGAUGUUAGAAGAUGGCUCGGAGAGAUUCCUCUGUGAAUCUGUUUUCAGCUAUCAAGUAGCAUCCACGCUUAAACAAGUGAAGCAUGAUCAGCAAGUUGCUCGGAUGGAAAAACUAGCUGGUUUGGUUGAAGAGCUGGAGGCAGAUGAGUGGCGGUUUAAACCCAUCGAGCAGCUGCUGGGCUUCACACCCUCCUCCGGCUGAGGCCGGGCCAGGCAGAAACAGCAUCACCUGGCAGUCGGGAGGCACAGUUCUGUGGCCGAUUGUUCCUUCCGGCCAUACUUGGUUUCUUUGUAUCUAUCCAUAAGCAACAAAUACUGAACGUGUGGGAAAUUUGUGUUUGUUUAUUUUACUAAGUCCUGGGGCUGGAGCUGGGCUUCCAUGGCGAGCCAAGAGGUAGGGGUUUAAGAGCUAUUUGUAAAACUUCCCAAGCCGGGUAAGCGAGAAAUGACCAGCUGCAGAAUCUCUGUCCUGUCAUUCAUGCAAUGCCUGGCAAACCACAGGCCGGGACUGACGCGGAGAAAACAGGAUUUCUGACCUAAAACAAAUCUCUCUGCAGGAGAAUGUGAUUUCCUCUUGGAAUGUGUCCAAAUGAGAAUUUCUUUUUUUAAGUGUUUGGGAGUUGGGGAGGAGUUAGAUCUUUUAUUUCUACACAUCUAAUUCUUUAGAGUCUUAGCUUUUUCUAACCUCUUCAAGACAUGUCAAAUUCUCGCCAAGGAAAUUGCUUUUUGAGUGCUGAAAAUAAAGCAGUGGGCAAAAUCCUUUUAAA